AUGGCGUUGGAAGUGAGGAAUCCGGAUUUGCAGGCGAAGCUGCAAGAGCUGGAGCACGAAUUCGAGGAAGGGGAUAUCACGGAAAAAGGAUAUCAGAAACGUCGAACGCUCUUACUAUCGCAAUUCCUAGGCAGCCCAUCCAUGAGCUCUGAACUGAAGGGCCUCCGCAUACAUUCACCAGAUGAUACAGCACAUCCAUCAAACGAUGCCUCUCGCAGCGCCUCUCGCAGCGCCUCACUUGCAGCGCUCAACACGAAUACUCCUUCUGUUAGGUUAGGGUCUGCUGGGAGACUGGAUACAAUGUCGAGUGAAUACGGGAGUUUUGGAAACCCUCGAGCGGAUGGCCCUGGGAUCCUCAAUGCCGGGACACCACAGGCGUUACAAUUAGGGGUGCCGAACCCAAACCCACAUAGGCAAUCCACGUACAGUCACGAUUCUUUGUUUCUUCCUGGUACGCCUCAGUCGGGAGGAAAUUCUGUGGAACAUAGCAUGACAAUGGCAUCAUCAAUGUCAGGCGCGAAUUACGCAUUCAAUCCUGCACAUCAAGCUGGUUACAAUGAGCAUCAGGGGGGCAUUCACGAGCAGAGUCAAGCUGGAACAAUGAUGGAUUCGCACGGGACUAUGCUUGGCGAGUCACAGCAGGGUUACUUUUCUGACUUUGCUGGCCAACAAGGGUACGAGGGUAAUUCUUACGGUGGUGGACCACACAGAUAUUCCUCGAGUGAUGCAUUUUCCCCUACAGCUGCAAUGGCUCCACCUAUGUUGACAACUAACGACCUUCCACCUCCAGACGCACUUGAGUAUCAAAUGCCUCUAGAGCCACGAGAUGUGCCAUUCGCUGUAUAUGAUCCACAUGACUCAAACACGCCUAUGUCAAAAUUUGACAAUAUCGCGGCUGUCUUGAGACAUCGAAGCCGGACAACGGCAAAGGCGCCAGCAUAUUGGGUUCUAGAUGGCAAGGGAAAGGAGAUUUCCUCGAUUACCUGGGACAAGCUUACGAGCAGAGCAGAGAAGGUUGCCCAAGUGAUAAGAGACAAAAGUUCUCUAUAUCGUGGAGACAGAGUUGCGCUGAUAUACCGGGAUACCGAAAUCAUCGACUUCGCCAUCGCACUCCUAGGUUGUUUUAUUGCUGGGGUUGUAGCGGUUCCCAUCAACGAUCUUGAAGACUAUACGAAACUCAAUGUCAUUCUCACUUCCACGCAGGCGCACUUAGCACUCACUACGGACAAUAAUUUGAAAGCAUUUCAGCGGGACAUCACAACACAGAAACUCAAUUGGCCCCGAGGGGUUGAAUGGUGGAAGACCAAUGAGUUUGGGAGUUUUCACCCCAAGAAGAAGGACGAAGUACCGCCUCUCACGGUUCCGGAUCUGGCUUACAUCGAGUUCUCACGAGCACCGACUGGCGAUCUACGUGGUGUUGUCAUGAGCCAUCGCACAAUUAUGCAUCAAAUGGCCUGUCUGAGUGCAAUUAUCUCCUCUGUACCGCCAAACACUGGUGGCGACACUUUCAAUCCAGAACUCAGGGACAAGAAUGGCAGGCUUAUGGCUGGUGGGGGUAAUCGUGGCGAAAUUCUUAUCUCGUACUUGGAUCCACGACAAAGCAUCGGGAUGAUUCUUGGCGUUCUUCUAACGGUAUACGGUGGCCAUACUACAGUUUGGAUGGAGAAUAAAGCUGUGGAAACCCCAGGUCUCUAUGCACAUCUGAUCACAAAGUACAGAGCCACCUUGAUGUUAGCGGACUACCCGGGCCUCAAAAGGGCGGCCUACAAUUACCAGCAAGACCCGAUGACGACUCGGAACUUCAAAAAGGGGAUGGAACCGAACUUCCAACACGUGAAGCUAUGCUUGAUAGACACGUUAACAGUGGACAGCGAGUUUCAUGAGGUACUUGCAGACCGCUGGCUUCGACCAAUGCGAAAUCCCAGAGCACGGGAAUUAGUAGCCCCCAUGCUGUGUCUCCCUGAACAUGGUGGCAUGGUAAUUAGCAUGAGGGAUUGGUUAGGCGGAGAAGAACGAAUGGGUUGUCCCUUGAAAUUGAACAUGGGGCCUGACGCCGAACCUGUAGAAGAGAAGAAGGAAGAGAAAGAUAAACCUGCCAGUAAUGGGUUCGGAAGUCUCAUUGGCGGUAGUACGGUUACACCGACGGUGGACCAAGGUAGGGUGGAGCUGAGCGAAGUUCUCCUGGAUCGUGAGGCGCUCAAGACGAACGAGGUUGUUGUGGUCGCGAUUGGUGAAGAAGCACGCAAAAAAGCCAAUAGUGACCCUUCGACAGUGAGAGUGGGUGCCUUUGGAUAUCCUAUACCCGACGCCACGUUGGCGGUCGUUGAUCCUGAAACCGGUCUUCUUGCAUCACCUCACUCAAUAGGAGAAAUCUGGGUCGACUCGCCUUCACUGUCUGGCGGAUUUUGGGCAUUGCCGAAACAUACGGAGCAAAUCUUCCAUGCUCGGCCUUACAAGUUCGAGCCAGGUAAUCCUACGCCUAUAAUGGUCGAGCCAGAAUUUUUACGGACCGGCUUACUGGGUACGGUUAUUGAAGGGAAGAUUUACGUCCUUGGUCUGUACGAAGACCGGCUGAGGCAGAAAGUCGAAUGGGUCGAACAUGGCCACGAGGUUGCCGAACAUCGAUACUUCUUUGUGCAGCACAUAAUUGUGAGUAUCAUGAAAAAUGUGCCGAAGAUUUAUGACUGCUCUGCAUUCGAUGUCUAUGUCAACGAGGAGCAUUUGCCUAUAGUAUUAUUGGAGUCGCAAGCUGCUUCUACAGCGCCAGCGACUUCCGGAGGGCCUCCUCGCCAGCUAGACACUGCCCUGCUCGAAUCGCUGUCAGAACGUUGUAUGGAGGUCUUAAUGCAAGAGCAUCAUCUCAGAGUGUAUUGUGUCAUGAUCACAGCUCCAAAUACCUUACCGAAAGUCCUGAAGAACGGCCGGAGGGAAAUUGGCAACAUGCUUUGUCGGCGAGAAUUCGACCUUGGCAAUUUGCCAUGCGUGCAUGUUAAAUUUGGUGUCGAGCGAGCAGUACUCAAUCUUCCCAUUGGUGUGGAUCCCAUCGGUGGCAUUUGGUCACCUCUCGCGUCGCAAACAAGAGAGGAUCUUCUGUCAUCUGGCGACAAACAAUAUUCCGGUAUUGACCGUCGUGAGGUGGUAAUUGACGACCGGACUUCUACACCUUUGAAUAAUUUCUCGAGCAUUGUUGACUUGUUACAAUGGCGAGUUGCCCGACAGGCGGAAGAACUGGCCUACUGCACAAUAGACGGCAGAGGCAAAGAGGGCAAAGGUAUAACAUGGAAGAAAUUUGAUACCAAGGUCGCUGCGGUAGCUAUGUAUCUCAAAAACAAGGUCAAAGUCCGAGCAGGAGACCACUUGAUACUGAUGUACACGCAUUCGGAAGAAUAUAUCUAUGCCGUACACGCAUGCUUCUGCUUAGGGGCUACAGCAAUUCCGAUGGCUCCGUUGGACCAGAAUCGUUUGAGUGAAGAUGCUCCUGCAUACCUUCACAUGGUAGCAGACUUUUCAGUGAAGGCUGUUCUGGUCAACCAAGAUGUCGAUCACUUGUUGAAGCAGAAGCCGGUUGCACAACACGUAAAGCAGUCGGCUCAGCUUAUGAAAGUCUCGGUGCCGAACAUCUACAACACGACGAAGCCGCCAAAACAGAACAGUGGGUGCAGAGAUCUUGGUCUCACCAUGCAGCCAGCUUGGAUUCAGCCAGGUUAUCCCGUCCUUGUUUGGACAUACUGGACGCCAGAUCAACGACGAAUUGCUGUCCAGCUAGGCCAUGAUACCAUCAUGGGUAUAUGCAAAGUGCAGAAAGAAACUUGUCAAAUGAUGAGUUCAAGACCCGUUUUAGGCUGUGUUCGAAGUACUAGCGGCCUGGGCUUUAUACAUACAUGUCUCAUGGGCAUAUUCGUUGGAGCUCCUACCUACCUGGUUUCGCCUGUUGAGUUUGCGCAGAAUCCUGUCUCGCUCUUCCUAACUCUAUCAAGGUACAAGAUCAAGGAUACGUAUGCAACACCUCAAAUGCUUGAUCAUGCUAUGGCCAUCAUGCCCGGCAAGGGAUUCACCCUGCACGAAAUGAAAAAUAUGAUGAUAUCCGCAGAAGGAAGGCCUCGUGUGGAUGUGUUCCAAAAAGUACGCAUGCACUUCGCGACCACUGGGCUCGAUCGCACAGCUAUCAAUACCAUCUAUUCACAUGUUCUCAACCCUAUGAUUGCAUCUCGAUCAUACAUGUGCAUCGAGCCUAUCGAGCUGUGGCUAGACACUAAGGCUCUACGUCGAGGUAUGAUCUAUCCUGUGGAUGCGGAUACGGAUCCAAAGGCUCUUUUGGUUCAGGAUUCUGGAAUGGUGCCUGUCUCAACCCAGAUAGCGAUUGUCAAUCCAGAAAGCCGUACCUUGUGUCAUGAAGGUGAAUACGGAGAGAUAUGGGUUGAAUCGGAAGCUUGCGUGAAAGCAUUUUACGGCUCUAAGGACGCAUUCGAUUAUGAAAGAUUCAACGGGCGCACUGUUGAUGGGGAUCCAAACGUUCAAUAUGUCAGGACCGGCGAUCUUGGCUUCCUUCACAAUGUUUGUAGACCGAUUGGCCCCAAUGGUGCACCAGUCGACAUGCAAGUGCUCUUCGUAUUGGGUAACAUUGGCGAGACUUUCGAGAUUAAUGGGCUGAGCCACUUCCCGAUGGAUAUCGAAUAUUCUGUUGAGAAAUGCCACCGCAACAUCGUGCCAGGAGGCUGUGCUGUUUUCCAAGCAGGCGGGCUUAUAGUGGUUCUCGUGGAAGUAGCAAGGAAGGCUUAUCUUGCUUCCAUAGUUCCAGUUAUCGUCAACGCCAUUCUCAACGAACACCAAAUCGUUGUCGACAUUGUUGCGUUUGUCAACAAAGGGGAUUUUCCGAGGUCGAGACUGGGCGAGAAACAGCGAGGGAAGAUUCUCGCAAGCUGGGUCACCCGAAAGAUGCGUACCAUGGCACAGUUUGGUAUCAGAGAUGCCGACUCCGCUGUGUCGGAUGUCACUGAGACCAUGGAACGCCGCACCAGUAUGAGAAAUGGUAGCGUGAUGGAGAGCAGUCUCCGUAACGUUGAGCCAGCUCCGCAGAUUAUUGAAGAGCGUGAACUUGAACAGCAGGUACAAGCGCAGGACAACUUUGCCCCAUUACCCACGGGCAUCUCCGAAAUGCCGGCCCAGAACUAUGAUGAUUCUAUACUCGGAUCACCCACCGGUGUUGCUUCAAUGAAGAGCGAUGACACUCCAACCAAUAACCGACAGGGUCAUUUCGAGCUACCUGGCAAUGAGCUUGGCCCCGAGAAAAAUCAUUAUUUCGGUCUAGGCAAUGAGAAUUUUGUGAUUCCAGGCUUCGGCCCAAUCGAGACUCCUGAUGGACCUCCCCCGCCUGCGGGCCCCAAGCCGGACUUGAGACCACCAGUAUCCUUACCAGCUGUUGAAGGGCGAGAAGGAGAUUUGUGGAGCUUGCCCAGCCAGCAGGGGAGGGGAGGAUUGAGGGUCCAGAACGCUUCGAGCGAUGAUGAGGAUGAUGGCUGGAAGAACGAUGCCAUUAUGCAUAUGAAUCUGACAGGCCGUUAG